AUGGCUUACGUAUUGACCGAAACCGCUGCAGGAUAUGCCCUUUUAAAGGCAGCCGACAAGAAAAUCCACAAGUCCUCUAGCUUGCUCGAAGACUUGAACUCGGCCCAGAAGGUCGCCGACCAGUUCAAGAUCCACAGAUUCGAGAAGUUUCAAUCUGCUGCCAACGCCUUGGAGGAGGCCAACGCCGUCAUCGAAGGUAGAGUUUCCGACAACUUGAAGAAAUUGUUGGAGGAUGUUAAGCUUGAGAAGAAGGCUACUUUGAUUGUCUCUGAAGCCAAGUUGGGUAAUGCCAUCAACAAGUUGGGAUUGAACUACUCUGUUGUGUCGGACGCUGCAUCUUUGGACUUGCACAGAUCCAUCCGUGAGUUCUUGCCUGAGCUCUUGCCUGGCUUGGACGACUCUGUUUUGAAGCAGAUGUCGCUUGGUUUGGCUCACUCCAUUGGUAGACACAAGUUGAAGUUCAGUGCCGACAAGGUCGACACUAUGAUCGUCCAGGCCAUUGCCCUCUUGGACGACUUGGACAAGGAGUUGAACACAUACGCCAUGAGAUGUAAGGAGUGGUACGGCUGGCACUUCCCUGAGUUGGCCAAGCUUAUAACUGACUCUGUUGCUUACGCUAGAAUCAUCUUGACCAUGGGUGUCAGAUCUAACGCUGCCACCACCGACUUGUCUGAGAUUCUCCCUGAAGAGAUUGAGGAGCAGGUUAAGGGUGCUGCUGAGGUUUCCAUGGGUACCGAGAUCACCGAGACUGACUUGGACAACAUUAAGUCGCUUGCAGAGCAGAUUGUUGACUUCGCAGCAUACAGAGAGCAAUUGUCAAACUACUUGUCUUCGCGUAUGAAGGCUAUUGCUCCAAACUUGACCUCGCUUGUGGGUGAGUUGGUUGGUGCUAGAUUGAUUGCACAUGCCGGUUCCUUGACCUCUUUGGCCAAGGCUCCUGCCUCUACCAUCCAGAUUUUGGGUGCCGAAAAGGCCUUGUUCAGAGCCUUGAAGACCAAGCACGAUACACCAAAGUACGGUUUGUUGUACCAUGCUUCUUUGGUUGGUCAAGCCUCUGGUAAGAACAAGGGUAAGAUCGCCAGAGUGUUGGCUGCUAAGGCUGCUGUGGCAUUGAGAUACGACUCCUUGGCCGAGGAGAGAGACGACAGUGGAGACUUUGGUUUGGAGGUCAGAGCCAAGGUCGAGUCCAGAUUGAGUGCUUUGGAGGGUAGAGAUUUGAGAACCACUUCUAAGGUCAUCAGAGACAACAAGAAGAUUGAUAUCUCUGAGGCCAGAGCUUAUAACGCCGAUGCUGAUGCCACCACUCCACUUGAGACUGCUCCAGCUGAGGAUUCUGACGAUGAGUCUGAUGAGGAAGAGGAGGUGAGCAAGAAGAGAAAGAGAGAUGACGAUGAUGAAGAGACUUCUAAGAAGCUGAAGAAGGAGAAGAAGGAAAAGAAGGACAAGAAGGACAAGAAAGAGAAGAAGGAGAAGAAGGAGAAGAAGGAGAAGAAGGAGAAGAAGGAAAAGAAGGAGAAGAAGGAGAAGAAGGAAAAGAAGGAAAAGAAGGAAAAGAAGUAG